AUGCUUUCUAGGGUUUAUCGUGUCAGAAGCAGGGUUGGAUUCACUUUAAAUAGGAGGCCCUAUUGGAAUUGGAUUGCUAGCAAUUUCUUUGCAGGAAAUAAAGGGAAUGGUCCUUCCGUCAGGGAACCAAAUCAAGUGUUUUUAUCUGUUAGAAAUGAAAAUGAGAUGACUGACACAUUGAUCGCUAGCAAUAGAGUACCUUUGGUAAUGAAUUUUACCAUAAGAAAUAAUGAAUCCUGCGAUAUACUAACCGGGGCAUUAAACAGGAUUGUCAUGUUAGAAACAGACAAGAAAAUAAACUGCGUCGACGUUGAAACAGACUGGCCCGAGACCAAGGAAAUUUUACUUAGGUUUGGUGUCCACGAUAUUCCAUCUUUGGUAGCGGUUAAGAAAAGUUUUCCGGUCGAUUAUUAUACACAAAAGCACUUGAUGAACGGAGAGAUUGAUUGGUACUCACUGAAAUCAUGGAUCGAAAAGAAUGCCGAUUGA